AUGGUGACAAAGGCCAUUCAAUGGGCACAGAAGACCGGAAACAUCAGGGUUAAUGAAGUACAUGGAGAACAGGAGAUCCGUCUGAUCUUAAACGAAACUUUUGUCCACAAAGAGCUUCGUGAAGAAGAAACAACUCGCGAAGGUAGCAUUGCAGUGGAGGAUGAGUCCGGGAGCUUGUUUGACACCGCCCUGCCUGACAUCAACAGCUCCAACGCUUCGUUGCUUCCUGCGGCUGAUGGCAACAAGCCCAAGGGCGAUGGGGAUCUGACCACAGCCCCCAAUGCCAGCGGGAUUCGGAAGCUUGAGAUCCAGGAGAGCUAUGUCACGUGCACGAAGUUGGAUGUAUCGAUGAACUCCCUGCUGUUGCCCAUGAAGGCGCCUUCGGUAGCUCCAGCAAAGCCCACGUCGGAUGGUUCCAAGCCUCGCAAGACGAGGAAGGCAGCUAAAAAGGCUGCAGCUAAGAAACCACCCAAGGCCAAGGUGGCCAAAGGUAGUGGCUACACCACCUCGGAGGACGAAGCGGUCGAUGGCUUCGUUGACAACUUUGCUAGAGGGGCAUCAGCCAAAGAGGUGUUCGUGCAAGCCGAGAGAACCCGGAAGCUCUUAGAGAAACACGGAGCCUAG